GCUUACAACAUCUCAAUAUUCAAAACUCACAAUUAUGUUUGCCUAAACCUAUAUAUUCCUUCUCAUCCAAUCCGAGAAUCUCUGCUGAACCUAAUGGUCUUCUACGACCCCUUUUCGUUGCUCCCUUAGAGCAUAAAGGACAUAGCGAAAGCGAUCAAGGGACUCAACUAGUUCGGUUUAUUUAUUUCGAUGUGCGUCAGUAUGCGGAAACGACCAAGCAAUCCGGUACCGACUCGCGCGAUCACGAUUCGGCGUCGUCUCACUCUUAAUUCCGAGCUUGGGACCAAUUCCAUAAAAGCACUUAAACGGGCAAUUGCUUUAGCAUCAUUCAUCACACCAACCGUGGUACACUUCCAAGGUGGAAAAGAGGUCUACCUAAGCGCUGCCAUUCAAAAACAUCUACGAAAACUCUACGAUUCGUUAUGCCGAACCCCCACCGUGCUGACGCGUGACGCCUUUGCCAACUUCCUGGAGGUUAGCCAGGGUGAAGAUGCUCCGUCAGAGUCACUAACGGAGGAAAGAUAUAAAUUCGAACAGUUUCUCGAGACGUGGUGGCUCCAAUUCGGCCUUGAUGUGCAGAAGCCAGCUCGCAACGAGUUGAAGGAUCUCUCAAAACCUAUAAGCAACUACUUCAUCAGUAGCAGUCACAACACAUACCUGUCUGGUAACCAGCUGUCUGGCCGGAGCACUGCAGAUGCCUAUAGGCGCGUGCUCAGAAGGGGAUGUAGGUGUGUUGAGAUAGAUGUAUGGGAUGGGAAUUCGCAAAGCUCGACCCCUGAGCGCCCGAGGGCCACGUCUUCGAGGGCUGGUUCAAAAUUUGAGCACAGUCGGCACCUCUCCGGGGGAAGCCUACACACCGUGGCGGCUCAGCUUAAGGGCGCAGUGGAAGAGACGAUUGAGAAAACGCGGCAUAGAUUAGGCGUCGAUAAGAUGCACAGCCAUAGCCCACGAUGCAGCAAGUCGGAGUUAUCACCGCCGCCGUUCGGUCGGGAACUUGGUGCCGACUUCGACCCAGAUUCUCUUGCUCAUAAGCUUGAUGCGGACCGAUCCUCAAUACGAUCUAGACCCUCUUUACCUCCAGAUGAACCCAUCGUGAUGCACGGCUAUACCUUUACUGCACCUGUUGGAUUUCGCGAAGUUUGUAAGGCAAUUCGCGAGGUUGCCUUUGAGACGACAAGUCUACCGAUUAUAGUCAGCUUAGAAGUCCACGCCGAUCAAGAACAACAAGAGAGCAUGGUGCAGAUCAUGAAGGAAGAGUGGGCUGGCCUAUUGGUCGACAAGCCGCAUGACAAUUGCCCAAAUGGUCGAAUGCCAAAGUUGGAGGAAUUGCUCAACAAGAUCCUAGUCAAGGUCAAAAGGGCUUCAUCCUCGCUAGAAAGUUCAACCAUGUCAACAUUAUCCCCUAACUCUACAAUCGACGAAGAGAUGUCUGCGUCUGGAUCAGAAGACGAUAGACCCAUCCUCCCGAACGGCGCCAAGAAGCCAAAGGUGCCCAUAUGUGAAAACCUCAGCGCCCUUGCCAUAUAUACCCAUAGUGAGCACUUCACUAACUUCGAAUCGCCGGCCGCUAAAACCCCUUCACAUAUAUUCUCGAUCAGUGAGAAUAGGAUUUUGGAACUCGUGAAUUCGAAAUAUCAUGAGCUAUUUUCCCACAAUCGUCAUUUCUUCAUGCGUGCCUAUCCCAAAGGUCUUCGGUUUGAUUCGUCGAACCUGGAUCCUUCCAAGUUUUGGCGGAAAGGUGUGCAAAUGGUGGCUAUGAACUGGCAAUCAUGGGAUGAGGGCAUGAUGCUCAAUGAAGCCAUGUUUUCGGGCGAGCAUGGUUGGGUCCUGAAGCCGCCAGGCUACCUUAGCGAGGACACAUCGAUAGACCGAGACAUCCCCCAUCGCACACUCGAUUUGGUCAUCACAGUACUUGCAGGUCAACAUAUCCCUCUCCCUGAGGGUUAUGUCAGCAGUUACUCGAGGUCUUUGAGGCCUAUGGUAAAAUGUGAAUUGCACAUGGAGAAACUGGAAGAACGACUUGCUGGCUCUACCGAGAACAUCCGGAUGCGAGAAUUUGACUACAAACAGAAGACGGGAGCUGGCAAGACGGACCACCCAGAUUACAGCGGCGUUAAGAACGAACUGCAUUUCUUGGGUAUCCAGCGAGUUGUAGAACAGCUCAGCUUUGUCAGGUUCAAGGUCGAGGACGAUGUGCCACGGCUCGUGUCACUGAAAAGUGACCCCUCGUCCGGUUGGGCAUGCAUCCGUCUUGACCGUCUAGCGACGGGUUACCGCUUUGUUAACUUGCUAGACGCUCAUGGCAACAAGACCAACGGUGUUCUCCUGAUUCGCGUGGUCAAAAACUUCCAUUGAUCAAAUCUCGUAUGUGUGGGCGAGGUCGGAGACGAUGAAAAAAAAAGGAACCAGCUGCCGUUUUCCGUACCCAGUUGCGUGUCAUCGAAGCGGUGAUCCACGGCUGCUUGCCGUGCAUGACUGCAUAUAUACAAAGUCACGACUCUUGCCGACCUAUCCGUCUUGUUCCUUUUCUUGAAUACUAAGUCACU